CUUCUUAGCCUUACCUCGUACUUAGGACUUCGAGGCUGAGUCCUAACUUCUACUUCGACCAGUUAUGAACCAUCGAAAAACGUCUACAAAACGCAAUGAUGAUGCUAGCUCUGAUGCUCUGCACCAGUACCAAGAUACCGAUGGCCAUUUUUCUCUUGUGAGGAACUUUCGCUUAGCUGAUCUAGUCACCAUAAUGAACGGUGUCUGUGGAUCGUUCUCCAUGUUCUCAUCCGCAAAAUACCUUCUUUCGAAUGACCGUGACUAUCUGUGGUCAGCGCUCGCUUUCCCCUUGGCUGGCUUGCUGUUUGAUUUUUUCGAUGGAAAAGUUGCGAGAUGGAGGAAAUCUAGUAGUCUACUUGGUCAAGAGCUGGACAGUCUUGCUGACUUGAUCUCAUUUGGAGUGGCUCCAGCGUUAUUGGCUUUCACUGUCGGUCUUAGGACUUAUCUGGAUACGGUGGUCCUUACCGGCUUUAUUUGCUGUGGCCUGGCAAGACUGGCACGGUUCAACGCUACCGUUGCUUUAGUACCAAAAGACGAAGCAGGCAAAGCUAAAUAUUUCGAAGGACUGCCUAUUCCUUCUUCAUUGGCCCUCGUCGCAGUCCUUUCCUACUGGACCAAAAUGGGCUGGAUUGAAGGCCAGGAGGGAAUUCCCCUUGGCACAAUAACUUUGUGGGGUGCGGCGGAAGGAACUGGAGAAAUACAUUUGGUUAGUAUCAUUUUUGGAUGCUGGGCCGCCGCAAUGGUUAGCAAAACGCUGCGGGUACCCAAGAUCUAGAACAAACAUUUAUAUUUGAGGACUUUAUGAAUACUUUACGUCGUGGUUCGCUAGUACAGUAAAUGACAUAUAUUCAACAUGUAUACACGACCGUACCACGUAGGCUCCAUAGGUUGUAC